AGAUUUGGACGGGAUUAAAAUCACAAAGUACGUCUGUGAAACAGAAAUUUAUCUAACAACCCCCUGUAAAACUAGUCCCGUCCGAAUAGGGCUAAUGACUGUUUGCCGUGACUUCUUCCCUACACUUAAAAUCCUGCGCUAACUGUGCCCCGACUGAAUGCGCGCCGAGCGGAGACACGGCGGAAGAAGAAAUAGUUCCCGUUCACGUCAAGUAAAUAAAAAAAUCUCUUCAAAAACUACGUGAAUUAAACCAUAAAAAUUUGAGAAAUGACAGUUUACCACACAAGUACAAAACCGGACGUGUAGAUACUUAGGAACGAUCCGCCUAAAUCAUUCCAUCUCCUCAUUACUUCUGAACAUCUGAACUUAAAAAGCACCACCUGGUCCAAAUAUUUGCGCUGAAAAUUACCUAGUGUUUGGUGUUAGCUCUCGCCGUCGAGAUAUUUUAAAGUCUGAUCUAAGGGAACAUUUGAGUAGUUGCUGUAUUCGAUAAGAUUUUGAUUCCUGUCUAUAAGAGACAUGCAUAAGCAGUUUUCCGACGUGGAUACAGUACGAGCUGAGCUGUUGCAAAAUCUCGUAGAUGAUGGGGAAACCGUAACUAACCUCGGUAGUAUCACAAGGCUAGAAGUUGUUUCACGAAUAGAAGAGGUUACCAAAAAGAUAAUUAGCAGUUUAUCGAUGGAAGAGGCACCGGUCUUGACCUUAAAAAGUCGUUCUCGGUGGUCCAACGUGAGGUUUAGCAAAUUAGUUGGUCUACUUCUGACAAUGGGUGGCACUGUAUCAACUCUGCGAAGUGACUGCCCUUCAACUGUGAUGAAGUUUGCCCUGAUUUUGAAAGCCCUGUCAGCAAUUUACAAACUUGUCCAAAGUGAUUCAUAUGUAACCAAAAGGGAUAUCUAUUAUAAUGACCCCCAGCUAUUUGGAUCACAGAAGACUUUGGAUACAAUUGUUGAUGAUAUAUCAUGCCUGCUCAAAGUUCCUCGGAGGAGCCUACACGUGUGUGCCAGUACAAAAGGAUUAAUCUCUGGUGAUUUGUGUUACUUGGAGGAAGAUGGGACAAGGGUGGACUGUACCUCUACUGUGGUGCCUGUGUCCUCUAGUGUCAGUGGAAUCAUAAAUAUUGUGUCAUCUGCAAAAUUUGUUCUAGUCAUUGAAAAAGAUGCAACUUUCCAGAGACUUGUGGAUGAUGAAUUUUGCAUUAAUUUCUAUCCAUGCAUUAUUAUAACAGGAAAAGGUGUACCAGAUGUCAACAGCAGGCUAAUGGUGAAGAAACUAUGGGAGACCCUGCAUAUCCCUGUAUUUGCCUUGAUGGAUGCUGACCCACAUGGGAUUGAAAUCAUGUGCAUUUAUAAGUAUGGAUCAAUUUCAAUGGCAUUUGAAGCCCCCACUCUGACUGUGUCAUCAAUGCUCUGGCUGGGACUGUUACCUUCAGACAUUGAAAGGACUCCUUGCUUUCCGUUCCGUUCGGUCUCCACUCACAGGAUUCUGUGCUCUCCAUUCCGUUCGGACUCCGCCAUCCUGUACUGGCUGCGCUUCUCCUCCCCGUGCAUCUCGGAUCAGCUACACUUCUCGCCAAGCGCACCUUGGACUCUCUCAACCCAAGGACUGCCAAGUGCGCGCAUGUGUGUGUGUCUCUCCCUCACUCCCGUCAUUUAGACCCGAGCGAGCUGUACUCCGGCCUCCGCCUUCUGUUUCACUCGCACCCUGACAGAAUAACGAACCCCUGAAAAAAAAACAAAAAAGGACAUGAUCGGGUUGCCGCCGUGGUCCCAACGUGAUCCGAGCCUCGGAGGGAGGAAACACCCGGAAGCACGCUGCUAAAUCAUCCUCGGUGGCCGCACCACGCCCCUCUGUGAUUCUGUAACUCCUCUUACACCACUGAAACAGCUAAAAUCGCGCUCCAUAUCUCUUUCUUGUCUGGAGACUCUCUCUCGCCAGUAAGCUGUGGAGAGCAGUUGGAAGGGAAUUUUCGCUUGUGUGCCCAUUUCAUUGGGCUUCUCACGGGGAUGUUCGGGAUGAAUCCGGAGGAUCUGCUUUACAGCCCCCUCGAUUCUGGGAGGGCUCCGCUCCAGGGUUUCCACAAACGUGCAGCCCCAAGCUUUUCUGAUGUCAACGUCUCGCCUCUGAGCUCCUCCGAUGGCGACGUCUCGCCUCUGAGCUCCUCCGAUGGCGACGUCUCGCCUCUGAGCUCCUCCGAUGGCGACGUCACGCCUCUGAGCUCCUCCGAUGGCGACGUCACGCCUCUGAGCUCCUCCGAUGGCGACGUCACGCCUCUGAGCUCCUCCGAAGGCGACGUCACGCCUCUGAGCUCCUUCGAGUUUGACGUCUCUCUCCCGAGCUCCCCUGAAGGCGACGUCUCUCUCCCGAGCUCCCCUGAAGGCGACGUCUCGCUCCGAGCUCCUCCGUCGGCGACGUCUCGUCCCCGAGCUCCUCCGUCGGCGACGUCUCGUCCCCGAGCUCCUCCGUCUGCGACGUCUCGUCCCCGAGCUCCUCCGUCUGCGACGUCUCCCCCCCGAACUCUUCCGUCCGCGACGUCUCGCCCCCGAGCUCCUCUGCCGGCAUCGUCUCGCCCCCGAGCUCCUCCGUCGGCGACGUCUCGCCCCCAUGCUCCUCCGUCGGCGAAGUCUCGCCUAAGAGCUCCUCCGAUGGCGCCGUCUCGCCUCUGAGCUCCUUUGACGAAGACAUCUCAGCCCCAAGUCUCCCACAAGGUGACGGAUCGCCUCCAAACCCAUUUGAAGGCGAAGCCACUCUUCCUAGACCGUUUGAAGGCGAAGUCGCGCCUUCGAGUCCCUCUCCGGGCAAAAUCUCUCCUCCAGGUCCCUCGAAGGAUGACAAGGCACUCCCGAGUUCCUCUGAAGUUCCUCUGAAGGCGUUGUCAUGGCUCAAAGACCCAGCGAAGGUGCCACUGCGUGCCACUCCUCAUCUCCGCCGUGGCCGUCGCACGCCCUCUGAACUCCGCCGUGGGCAUCGCACAGGCUUUGAACUCCGCCAUGGGUGGCGCACGGCCUCUGGAUUCCGCCGUGGGCGUUGCUUGGCCUCUGGACACCACCGAGGACGUUUUUCUGCUCCCAGUCUCCACCGAGUGCGUCACUUGGUCUCCGAUCUCCGUGCUGGACAUCACUCCACUCCAGACCUCCCUAGUGGGUGUCAAUCCACCCGAUCACCACCGAGGGCGUCACUUGGUGUCUGGUCUCUGCCGUGAUGGUCACUCAGCCUCUGGAUUCUGCUGCGUGCACAGCUUGGUCCCUGGAGGCGCCUCUCCAUCUCCGGUCUUCGCCAGUGGUUUUGCUCCAUUCCUGGCCUCCGUGAUGAGCUGUGCGCUGUUUUGGACCUCCGCUGAGGGCGUGGUUCCGUCCCGUGUCUUCGGGAUGGGCAUCGGCCAGUUCCGGCUCUCCACUGGGGUCGUCGCUCCGCCUCAAGUCCUUCCUGGCCUUUUCCGGGUUUCGCGGCGGUUCUGGCCGGGUACUUUUCGACCCAGGACGAACACUGGGAUCCUCCAUCCUGUACCGGCUGCGCUUCUCCUCCCCGCGGAUCUCGGAUCAGCUACGCUUCUCCCCGAGCGCACCUAGGACUCUCUCAACCUAAUGACUGCCGAGAGUGCGUGUGUGUGUGUGCUUGUGUGUUUGUCUCUUCCUCACUCUCAUCAUUUAGACCCGAGCGAGCUGUACUCCGGCUUCCGCCUCCUGUUUCACUCGCACCCUGACAGAUAGUGCCUGCCUCUAAUAUUGACACAUUUGGUAAAUAUUAGCAAAGAAGAAAAAUCCUUUAAACAUUUAUUUAAAAAAAAAUCACAACAAUCAUCUGCCCUCAUGGAUAUCAGACAAUUGCAAAAAAAUUACGGUUUCAUUUUAUGAAUGCCAAUAUUUGUGGAUGGCACUGCAUUAUAACAAUGCAUUAUAUAUUUACAAUAUAGCUAGAUUGUUAUGUAUUGUUUUUUGUUUCUGCAGGCCCAAAAUGCUACUGUAUAUAGUACCCUCUGUUAUUUGGAGUCUUCAUAUAAAUUAAUAAUAGUAACUUCAUUAUUCAUUUCACCGGUCAUAAUCAUGCCUGAUUGGUGUGUGUGAAUAAUUGCAUGUUUUGAGACCUUACAAUUGCAUGGAAAAUUAUUGGUCUGUCUUGGUCAGGCCACAAAAUAAAAAACAAAUAAAGAUUUGGCAAGUAAGUAAGUAAUCUAAAAAUUAAGUAAAAAAUAUAAACAAAAGCACACUUCCUUUCUUCAGCCCCUUUUCAAAUUAAAACCAAGAGAGAAACGAGGACCAGAGAAAGCACAAGGUCAUACACAGAACCAAUCAAGCACAGCAAAAAUGUGUGGUUGUGAGUACAGGUUCUAGUCCCUUGUCGGUUAAAUUUAUUUUUAUUUGUAUAGAUUUUAACAAUAGACAGUGUCUCAAAGCAGCUAUACAGCAAUAAGCAGUUAUUAAAAAAAAUGUAUAUGUAUGUUUGUUAUAAUUGUAUGUGUUUACAUAACCAGUGCACCAACAGAUUUUCUAUAAUUCGGGAGGCUCUCCAUCAUGCUAUUUAAAAUACUAUCAGUUUAUUUUGACGCGUUUAUGUUCUAAUUUCCUGUAAAAUUAUGACAUAUACACAUGACAUGCCUGCAGGAAGAUGCUCCUCCUUAUUUUCAUAAUAUUAGCCUUCAGGAAAUGCAAGCACCUUCCUGACUGUAAUAGUUAAUUGUUGGAAUGGCUGAGGUCCUUUAUUAAUUUCUUUACCUUAGUCCAUUAAAAACCUUGACCAGCUGUAAAAUUAAUAACCACUUACAGUUGAAUUAUUAGCAGAUUACCAUAUUUUACCAUACAUCAAACUGCUGGUGGUGCUGAAUUUAAUAACGCUCUAUGAUCCUUGCCUAUCAUCUAAGACGAAAACCGACCUAAUAGACCUGAGGAAGUGUCUGUUUGAUGUAUGUUUCUAAUUAAUAUUUACAUAUAUAAAUCAACAUUCAAUCCUUUUUAUAAAGAUGCCAAUCACUCUAGAAGGUAAGGAAGGCAAAAAAAAAUAACUAUGAUGUAACAGUUAAGUUUGUGUCUCUUACAAUAUAUGCCAUACUAUACAUAUGUAUAUGGUACCAUAUGUCUAAGUGAAGAAUAGCAGCAUAACAAUUGCUACAGCAAACUUAAACAAUGACAUCAAUAAUUAAUUCUUAUUUUCGCACUGUCUGUAAGAUGGAGCUGAUGCUGAGAUGGAAGCAGAAAGCUGAGAUUGAAUCUCUGGUCUCUAUUGCACCUCAUUUCCUCACUCGGGUAUACCUACACAAUAAGUUGUCUUAUGGUGGCUGGAUAUGAGUCCACCAAGUUCUGCACUGUAAUCAUUAUGUUUCCUUGUGAAUUAUUUUUGUUAUUUCCCCUUUAAUUCUUGAAAUUAAAAUAAAUAAUACAUGUUUAAA